UACUCUGAAACUCUCUUGUGUGAAUUGUGCGUGUAUAUAGUUUUUGGGAUUGAAGGGGAUUGGUGAUAUUUGUUUUGUUUAAUGUUUAAUUUCCUAAUUAGGGUUUCGGAAGAGAUAACACCACCAAAAAUUGGGAUUUCCUCGAACUUAGAUGAGAUUUAGGGUGAAAUUUGAGGACUUUAUGCUCAAUUUGUUGGAGAAAUUGACCUAAUUUGUUGAUAUGAUGUGUGUUUGUUCUAUUAGUGGUGCUUCUUGCCCCUUGCGCAGACAAAGCUGGAAAAUUAUGUAAAACAACCCCAAUAUAUAUCGAUGUAUGUAUACAUUGAGGUCUCUAGGAAGUUUCAUCCUUCUCCAAGCUCAUUCUCUCGCAACUAUGAACAGUAUACCAGAGGAUUCCAGUCUCUCUCAGAGGCCAGUGUGCAAAAUCCAAGUGAAAACGGAAGUUGCAGUGACCAGAGCACGAGCAGAUGCGUCUCCAGUUUGACAACUGAUGAGGCUGCUGUAAAGCACCAAGUGAAAUCUAAGUUGAAGGUUUCUGAGAGGCACGAUCUUGUCAUGAUGUUCACUUGCAAAGUUUGCGACACCAGAAACCUCAAGACAGCCUGUCGUGAAUCAUACGACAAAGGUGUGGUCGUUGCUAGAUGCAAUGGCUGCGACAAUCUGCACCUGAUCGCUGAUCGGUUGGGAUGGUUUGGAGAACCAAGCAGCGUCGAGGAGUUUUUGGCGGCUCGCGGGGAGGAGGUGAAAAAGGGAUCAGCUGAGACUAUGAAUCUCACUCUUGAGGAUCUUGCUGGGAGGAAAGAUGUCGGUGUUUGAGCAUCUAUUGUUGUUGUUAUUUGCAGAAAUCUUCAGAUGGUACAUUAGAUAUUAGUUACUCUAUUACUAGAUCAACACAUAAAUAUUGAAAAAUUAUUUAAUCUUUGUGGUGUUGACAAGAUAAUAGAAUAACAACCCCUAGUGAGAAGAUAA